ACUAAAGUCUACUAAACACUCGAGAGUUUGUCCACUCACUCUCAGCGUCACGAUGUGUUCAGCAUCUGAGUCCGUGUCUAAUGAGACAGAAGCGGCUGCGUGGCUGGAUAACAUCAGCUUCUGCAGCGGCUUCUGUCAGUGGAUCGACGAAGAGUUGAUCGAUUCACUGCCAGCUGACUCCCAGCAGCCUGUCGAGUCAACAAGGGCUUCAGAAGCAGAAGCAUUGAGUGCACAGCCUUCUGCUGAGAAAAGCCCGACAGAGAUUCGUGCUGGAGGCAACAGGAGGAGCAGAAUCCAUGCGUUCUUCAAGAGAGCCUGGAAGGCCGUGAAGAAGCCGUUCCUCCGCUGCAGACGGACACGAGUGGAGUCUGAUCCUGAUCCGGCGUCUGUCCCGGGACCCUCUGAGCUCCAGAACGAGCCUGACACCGAGCCCACAUCUGCUCCAGAUCUCCCCGACUGGAGGCCAACUACCAAGUCUUUGCACAAAUUGUACACAAUGCAAGAUUUGAUAGGAACAGGAAGCUUCGGCAAGGUGUAUAAGGCAAUCCGAAAAUCCGACGGCCGAGAGGUUGCCAUCAAAACAACACGGAAAUGGAACAACUGCUGUUCUCUUCAAAUAACGUCUGGCUACAGAAGUGGGGCUGCUGCUGAUGUUGAGACGUCCUCCAGUGUGCCCCUACAUCAUAGAAAUGUACGAGUGGUUCGAUCGGCCCCUGGUCUUCUCGCUCGUUCUGGAGUUCCCUCAACCCUGCGUGACCUUGCGAGAGUUCAUCAUGGAUUCGUCAGGACUGAGUGA